UAUAAAAGAAGAAUACUGUUUGCUAUAACUGUAGUAAAUGAUGUAUUUGUUGUUGUUGCAGGAAUUCACAGCAUAACUACAGUCAGCAAAGUGUCAGUGAAGGCUGGAGGUUCAGUCUCUAUCCCAUGUCUCUAUGGCCGGAACUACAUAAACAAUGUGAAAUACUUAUGUAAGGGGACGUCUUGGAAUUCCUGCUCAUGUGCAGCUAAAAUAAAUGUACCAAGUUCAGGAAAAUUUUCAGUCUCUGAUGAAAAAAAAAAAAGAAUCUUCACUGUGACUAUAAACGAUCUGACUUAUCUGGACACUGGUUCCUGGUGUGCUGUGGAAAUUAAUAGCAGGGUAGAUCAUGGAAAGGAUUUUCACCUGUUAGUCACCGGAGGUUACAGCCCUUUAGACAUCGUUAUUCAAAUCCUGUCUCAACUUCACUUGGACUGGAAAAAAGAGAGCAGCGGCUGGUAUUUGUGUAGCCAAGGAGAUUUCCAGAUGUCAGUGCAUGUAACUGUUAUUGACAAACCUAUCGAUGCCCCUGUUGCAGCAACAACACUCUUAAGCAUCACUCCUGAGCCUGGGAAUCCCAACUCUGGGGUUGCAGACAAAGAAACUACCACAGUUCAAGAACAGACCAAAGCAGCAGCAUCAGCCUUGACAACGACUUCACACACUGAGAGUGAUAUGUGAUGUGAUGUAUAGCUCUGUGGUUUUCAACAAACCAAAACGUAUCCAGAAGGUUGAAGCAAAUGAUGAGAAUGUUGUAUAUAGCACAUUGGCUUAGCACCAGCACAGCAUUCAGUCAUGUCUCCUCUGUUUUCCUGUUGAUAUUUCAAUCUAUUUUUGACAAGUUUCGUGUUGUCUGAUGUCAUUAUUUGGUUAUGCAGUAAUCUUUUUCUGCUCUGUUUUACACCUCAUCCCUGCAGUGUCUUCUUUUGCAUUUGAAAGAAGCACUGCCUUGCUUGCUUGACUUGUCAAUGUUGUACAUUGACAACUAGCUGUUGGAUUUACUAUUGUAGUAUUAAUCACCCUUAAAAGUCGCAUUAAGUUUGCAUGCGUUUUGCACUUAUAAAAAGAGGUGUAUGUGUAUGUUAUACAGUCACAAUCAUACAAAUCUUCACUGGUCAGCCUUUCCCCACUUCAUGACAUUUAUACUGUUAGAAAAAGCUGUUACGCAAACGGACGUUUCUGUGGAGCCAAAUGUCGCAGCUUGGUGAAGGUUCUUGUAGAGUUCUGGAUCUACCAAGUGCCAGAAAUGUUAAUGUUGUUAAAUCUGGCCAAGAUUUGCGGCGAAAUCACAUGACUAUGGUUUUUCUGUGAAGGGGUUGGCAUUUCAUGACACACAAUGCUUCCAUGCUUACUGAACAUGAGGGAACGUGAAAUCCUUCUACAGUCGACUAAAAUAAAGACAUUUGGCAACAGUUUAAAUAAAAUGCAUUAAGAGAGA